AACGUCUAGAUGGAGCCCUCAGACAUCCCGGAGACCACCACCCCUUUUGAGUAUGAUCCUCAGAGCUUUCUGUGUGAGAAGAAGACCUUUGUCUUUGCCACCUUCAGCACCACCAUCCUGUACUGCUUGGUGUUCUUCCUCAGCAUGGUGGGCAACAGCCUGGUGUUGUGGGUCCUGGUGAUGUAUGAGAGCCUGGAGUCCCUCACCAACGUCUUCAUCCUCAACUUGUGUCUCUCAGACCUGGUGUUCUCCUGCUUGUUGCCCGUGUGGAUCUUGGGGUACCACUGGGGCUGGUUGCUGGGAGACUUCUUUUGCAAGCUCCUCAACAUGAUCUUCUCCAUCAGCCUCUACAGCAGCAUCACCUUCCUGACCAUCAUGACCAUCCAUCGCUACCUGUCCGUGGUGAGUCCCAUCUCAUCCCUGCGUGUCCACACCCUCCAGUGCCGCGUGCUGGUGACCAUAGCUGUGUGGGCAGCCAGCAUCCUGUCCUCCAUCCCCGAUGCCAUCUUCCACAAGGUGUUCCCUUCGGGCUGUGAUUAUUCAGAACUCGAGUGGUUCCUAGCCUCAGUCUACCAGCACAACAUCAUCUUCCUUCUCUCCUUGGGCAUUAUCCUGUUCUGCUACGUGGAGAUUCUCAGGACCCUGUUCCGCUCGCGGUCCAAACGGCGCCACCGGACAGUUAGGCUCAUCUUCACCAUUGUGGCGGCAUACUUCCUUAGCUGGGCUCCCUACAACCUGAUCCUGUUUCUGCAGACACUGUUGAAACUUGGGGUCAUUCAGAGCUGCGAGGUCAGCCAGCAGCUGGAUUAUGUCCUGCUCAUCUGCCGCAACGUUGCCUUCUCCCACUGCUGCUUCAACCCGGUGCUCUAUGUCUUUGUCGGGGUCAAGUUCCGCAGACACCUCAAAAGUCUGCUCCGGCACUUCUGGCUCUGCCGGCAACAGGCACCUGGCCUUCCCCCGUCACCUCACCCCCCAGGUGCCUUCGCCUAUGAGGGCACCUCCUUCUAUUGA